GAUAUGCGCUGCAUUGUCGGCGUUAUGUAGCACACAUACUAAAGGCCACGCGGCCACGUGCUUAUGUUGACGUAUGCAUACGUGGUAAUAUGGAAAUGAAUUGGAUGUAUCUCAGAAGUAGGAGAAAGUUUUUUGAAGGAAAUUAUGUGGAUUAUUAAUAUCUUCCAUAUCUCAAGCAGUCCUCGUGGAUAAGAUUAUCUAGUGUUAUUAACUCUAAGUUGGCUGUACGGAGACUGGAGAGACCCGACCCGGCGAGAAGAAUUUGUAGAAACACUUUAGUAUUUUGAUCUCCCACGAAGUGACCCUUGAACCUUAUGACGAUAGUAGAACUCCAAACCAAUCACAAAGCCCAAUACAUAAAAUACAAGGCCUCAGGUACGCCUAUUGAACAGCAGAGAGGGGGUUGUACGCAACCAACUUUUGUGAAUCGGUUUACGUUUGUAGGUUAGCCGAGCUUCUUUGGCUUACAUUACUAGUAUGUAGUAUGGCUACAACCAUGUGUGUUAAUGCGUUCGAUCGUCCACGGACGGCGGUACUGUAGGCCGAACCGUCCCCAGGAUACGUUGGGCACGUUGUAAACAUAGCCAUGUGAUUGAAACUGUAGUACGGAGUCGGGUCAAUACCGAACGUGCGGAACUGUUGGAGACCACUAUACCGGUGCUCCGUCAGAUAGCGAGACAGCGCUUUAAUCCAAGCCACCCUACCGUGGCAUACGUAUAUAUAGUGUGUUGUGUCGCCAGAACGGGUCACAUAUUUACCUAGUAGUUUAUGGAUCCAUAAGUAUAUGCAUUCAUGCCUGGGCUGGGAAGUUAGUCAGCUGUCAGCUACGGGCUUCUGUGUUUCCGAGUAACAGUUCUUAGCGGAGCUUCCUAUCGGAAACAGCAAACUGGAUUCGCUCCGCCAAAGUUUUUCCUCCAAACUAUUCCCAUGUUCAUCAUCGUCCACAUGUAGGUCUAGGCGGAAUAAAGGAAAGACCAAAGGCGGUUUCAGGAAGAUGUCGGUCGACCCGGACUGUGGUGACAGGCAGUCUCCGGAAUUGUCGGAGGAAUAUUCCCGGAUGGAGCGUUGGAUGGACGACCACCCGGAAUUUGUCCACGACUACUUUGCCCGGAAAGCCAAGAAGAGCAUGGUAGACGGCUGGCUUCUGGCUCAUGCCUUCAACCACAGUCCUGGGCUCCAUAUCCAGUCGGAUAACAAUUCCAGUGAUUCAAACUCCAGGAACAACUCCGGAACAAAUACACCGGUGCGGAAAAUCUCAGCUCAAGAAUUCGAUAAAGGUGAUACCCUGGACCCUAUAGUGUCGACAGUGGAUGGGCUACCCACAUUUCUGGGUCCCUCGUCUGUCCCGUCCAGCCAGAGCAGUACCAAUAACAAGUGCCAACGUCGCUCGCGCAGUGAGCUGAAGGCGUUGGACGAAAAGGAACUAAUGUACGAACUGGUGAUUGACAUAUGUAACGACCUGGAUGUCACCAGUCUCUGUCACAAAAUACUCCAAAACGUGUGUAUACUCAUAGACGCCGAUAGGUGCUCCCUCUUCCUCGUGCACGGCAGUGGUACGGAGGAGAAGCACCUUGUGUCCAAACUGUUUGACGUUAACGCUGAAACGUCGUUAGAAGAAGUGUCGGAAAAUCGUGAGAGUAUCCGAAUAGCAUGGGGGACGGGAAUAAUCGGAUAUGUGGCGAAAACGGGAGAACCGCAAAACAUUCCGGAUGCAUACAAGGACCCCCUGUUCAGUGAUGAGGUGGACAUCAGGAUGGGCUACAAAACCAGGAGCAUACUCAGUAUGCCAAUCAAGGACUGUGCCGGCAAGGUCAUCGGGGUCGCGCAGGCUGUCAACAAAAGUAGCGUCGAGAACGAACCCUUCAACGAACACGAUGAGAAGGUAUUUGGGUAUUACCUGGCAUUUUGUGGAAUUGGAUUGAAAAAUGCUCAGCUUUAUGAAAAGUCACUUCUGGAAAACAGAAGAAAUCAGGUACUACUGGACCUAGCCCGUGUUAUAUUUGAGGAGCAGAGCAAUGUGGCCAAUCUUAUCUACAAGAUAAUGAUGCACACACAGUCCCUUUUGCAGUGUCAGCGUUGUCAAGUGAUGCUGAUCGAAGACCUGUCCAAGGACAAAAACAAAAAGCUUACUAUCAAAAAAAGCAUGGGCAUAUUUUCUCAGGUGUUUGAUCUGGAGAAUACAGAUUUUGACAACAGUGAUACAUUUAAUAGAAAUUGGCCUGCCGAGCCAAGGUUUCCAAUACAUAUAGGAAUCUCCGGCCAUGUAGCCACCACAGGGGAGACACUCAAUAUUCCUGAUGCUUCGAAGGACAAGCGUUUUUACACAAAGGCAGACGAAGAGAGCAGCUUUGUAACGAAAUCCAUAUUAUGCAUGCCAAUCAAGAAUUCCAGUAACCGUGUUAUCGGAGUAGCCCAGUUGACCAAUAAACUGGAUGCCACUGCCUUCAACAAAAACGAUGAAAAUCUAUUUGAAGCGUUUGCGAUUUUCUGUGGAAUGGGGAUCAACAAUACUCAGAUGUAUGAGACAGCAAUCAGGGCAAUGGCCAAGCGGAGGAUCGCCCUCGAGUGUCUCUCCUACCACGCAACUGUACCAGCAGACGAGGCUAACAAACUCAAGACACUGACCAUCCCCCUGGCUAAUGACUUCAACUUACUCGACUACACAUUCAGUGACUUUGGGCUGGAUGAUGAUGACACUCUGAGGGCCAGCAUCAGAAUGUUCCUUGACUUAAACCUUGUGGAGCGUUUCCGAAUCAAUUAUGAGGUUUUAUGUCGAUGGCUGAUGAGCGUGAAGAAAAAUUACAGAAAUGUUACAUAUCACAAUUGGAGGCAUGCAUUCAACGUGGCACAAACAAUGUUUUGUAUGCUCAAGAAGGGACAGAUGGACAAUGUGUUCACUGACAGGGAGAGGCUGGCACUGAUGGUGGGCUGUCUCUGCCAUGAUCUCGACCAUCGUGGAACCAACAAUCAAUUUCAGAAAGAGUCCAUGUCCCCCCUAGCAGACCUGUACUCUACCUCGACACUGGAACACCACCAUUUUGACCAGUGUAUUAUGAUACUCAGUACCAAGGGAAAUGAUAUUUUAUCCAACUUGAAACAAAACGAAUAUGAAGACGUGAUCAACUUACUAGAAGGAGCAAUACUAUCGACAGACCUCGCCCUCUACUUUAAGUUUAGAGGAACCUUUUUCGACCUUGUAGGCAGUGGGAAGGCGAAUUGGAGUACUCGCGAGGACAGGGAUCUUCUCAGGUCAAUGAUGAUGACUGCAUCUGAUGUAUCUGCCAUCACCAAACCCUGGGAGGUCCAGCUGGCUGUUGCUGAUCUCAUAGCAAAUGAAUUCUUUGAACAAGGGGAUAUGGAGAAAGCUCAGUUUAAGAUCAAACCAAUGGAUAUGAUGGACAGAGACAAGAAGGACCACCUACCAGACAUGCAGGUCAACUUCAUUGACGUGAUCUGUAUGCCUAUCUACAAGGCUAUGUCAGAUGUGUCGCCUCACAUGAGACCGCUGUUAGACGGCUGCAAGAAAAACCGAAGCAACUGGGAGAGUAUGUCAACCCAAACGAACAAACACUCAGAGGAUGAGAAAGAGAACGAAAAACAUGAUGAGGAAGAGAAAGUCUCCGAGGAAAAAGACGAGAUGGCAUCGUCAUGACACCAGUGGACCAGUUCCACAUGUUCUGUAGUCCCAUUCUAUUUACCACUAUAAAAAUGAGGCACCAUAUUUGUUCACAUCAAUCUUUCAUGUAUUUUAACUAUCCAAGAAAACCAGACUAAGUAUUCUGUGGUGUGCGCUGUUGUCAGAAGAAAAUAAUGUGGGGUUAUUAUAUGAGCAGUGUACCCCCUAACACUGUUAUCAGUCGGCAAUUAAGUGUGGCAGUUACAUCAAGUGUGUACCCGUGAAACAGUUACCAAAACAAAUUUGAGUAAGGGCUGUCACACCAAACAUGUACCUCCCGAAAAGGUUGUUUCUGCAUUGGAAAUGUUUUCAGUUUUCAGUGGACUCCUUGGUGCAGCUGUCACACCAAGCUCCUAUCCCCCUUGGCACUGUCACUUCUACAUGUUUAAGUAACCAAGCAACCCGCUUGUAAUGUAGUUUUUGAGAUCUCAGGAUUAUUUAUGAAAAUGUUAUUUAUUUUCGUUUGCUAUGUUUUAGCUGUAUUAUUUAUUAUAAAGAACACAAACAUGUUGUGAGAGGUAUAUGGAGUGUGUUUUAGGAGUUGUGUGUCGACUUCUCGUCAAAUAUCCCUGGUACUCGUACAAACUUUUAGCUUUAUUGCAAUGAAAUUCAAUUGUUGUGUCCCAGAAGUUGUAUCUUCAACUGCAAUUCGAAGCAUUUUUGUGAUGAACGUGAUGAAUUGUUGAUCAAAUGUAUACAGUGCGAACAGUUAUAGGCCUCGAUAUUAAACUGCAUUUAUUUCACUUUUAUGAUUGUAAAGGUCUAUAUCUUAACCUGAUAUGUGUAAUUUAACAAUAGAUUAUUAAGACUAAGCUUUAUUAGAACAAAGAUAGUGUAUAUAUAAUUCUGAAAACAAAAAAAAUGCAUUGAUAUUACUGGAGCAAUUCUUAACAACAAACUAAUGUAUGCGGAUGAUAUAUAAGGUAUUUCUGUGAGUGAUAUGAAAAUUCUACCUUCAGCAUGCCUCAGUUGUGAACUUAUAUUCCAUAUCCAUAGAGUUUCAUUAUCCUCAGUACCACAUGACUGUUUUUCCCCCACCUUUUAUCCAGGAUUUUGGAAAAAAACAGCAAUGAUAUUUUAAUUUAAACAAUUAUCAUGGUAGAUUUUCUAGGUAUGACAGAUUAGCCGAGAACUUGUUUGGAAAGAGCAGAGCAAUGAACUUCCUCCCGAAGAUAAAGAUAAACGAAUGAGGUCUUUGAGCGCUAUAAGGUAACUACACACGCAUAUUUCACAAGAGUUCUGUGUGGGAUACAUGUGUCACAACUACAUAUAUUCAAAAAUCUCUCCGGUAUUAGAUGAAUCAUCAGGCUGAUUUAGUAUAACAUUCUGAUAGUUACCAACACAGUUAUCUCAGUAUGUACUAAGCUGUAGACACUAUAUACAUGUAUGAAGAAACAGGAUUAAAGUCAUUGUCUGGUGAAUUAAUGCCAUUUGCUGCUGGAUAUAUGCUGAUCCACUUUUUAAAACAAAACAGGUAUUCCGAUACAGGGACGAUUUCAAUCAACACUAGUGUCAAUGUUUUUGUAUAAUUGGUUGCCAUUACAAUUGAAAGUACAUAUCCUAGAAAAUACACAGCCAACUGGACAAUUCAGUUUUUUUGUUUGUUUGUAUACAGAUGGUAAAGAUCUGUAAUAGAUCUGUUAGUACUAAUUGGUAUUUUUUCCUUAAUAGCGUUUUAAAGAUGAAAUACACAUGUUAUGAGUAAUUCUUCAGUUGAUUCUCCUAGGUUAAGUAAUGUUAUGAUAAUAGAUUUUUAUGUAUUUCUAUAUUUUGUCGAGCCAUGGUUGUGCACAGCUACAUAGUAUCAUAAUACCAGUGUCUGAUAUUAUACAUUAUAAACAGUCAGCAACUCGCUGAUAAUCAUUAAAACAUAAGUUACUCACGGAUAACCAUAAAAUCAUUAACAUGUCACUGAUAACCAAUGCUCUCAACACUUCAUAACUGUGUCAUUACGAGAUUUAAAAACAGUAUAAUUCAGAAACCAGGGGCCCCGUUUGAAGUGCCAUUAACUUAAGGGCCUUUCAGUUCUCAAAAUUAUUUUAUAACCAGCUGAAGUUGAGCAAUUGGUUUUUGAAUUUUAUUUCUGCAGGUGAUCAUUUAAAAUCCUGACAUAGUUUUCAUUAUACAUUUUAAUAGUUCUGAACAUAUUUGAGAUUUUUUAUUUUUUAUUUCUUGGUAACAUCCCAUUAAGUUUAGUGCUUUAGACAACCAGGUCAUGUUAUUUGUAAUUAGGCAAUUUAUUUUUUUAACAACCCUCCAUGUUCUUUUUAGUUUUGAUUUAAAAAAACAGACCUUGUUAUUUGUA